UUUUCCUUUCUCUUCUCUUUCAGCUGUCUGCAACCCUUCUUGUAAGAAUGGUGGUCACUGUAUGAGAAAUAAUGUUUGUACUUGUCCCGAUGGCUACAUUGGCAGGAGAUGUGAAAAAAGUAUCUGUGAGCCCAUGUGCAUGAAUGGAGGGAGAUGUGUCGGCCCCAAUGUGUGUUCUUGCCCUUCAGGAUGGAGGGGCAAAAGAUGCAAUGCUCCUAUAUGCCUUCAGAAGUGCAAGAAUGGAGGUGAAUGUAUUGGGCCAAAUACUUGUCAUUGCCCUACAGAAUGGGAAGGAAUUCACUGUCAAACACCUGUGUGCAACCGUAAAUGUCUGCACGGAGGGAUGUGUAUACGGCCUAAUGUAUGCUCUUGCCGUCCUGGUUACACUGGAGUCAUCUGCGGGAAAAAAACCCGGGCACAAGGAUAUCACGCUUGAAGAACCAUAUCGGGAUCACAUAAUCAUGCUUUAUGGACUGCCAGAUUCUUGGAUGUAGAGAGGUUCUCUCAAGGCAACAUUACAUAAAGGGCACAACCCAACCCCUUCUUCAAAAUGGCAAAGUACAGACAGGCUCCUCAUAAAAGUUUUUUAAAGCUGUCACCUUUGCUCUGUUUGGUAGCCCCUGCCCAGGAAAUGCCACUGCUAUGCUGGGCAACUUACAGUCUUCCCGUCUAUUCAUGUUAUUCCCCUUGCAACUCACCUGUACACAUCCAGUGACCUGUGGCUCCCUAGGUCCGUGAUGUACAAAGUCCUUGCAUGGGUUCAGAGGGGCUGGGCUAUUGAUUCUUCUACAGGAACUGAGAGAAGAUUGUAGAUUAUGCAGAUGGCUAAGUGUGUUGCAGCAUGUCCUGUACAGUAGCAAUGCAUCCAAUGUAACACUUGACUGGUGGGUAAUGGGAGAUCUGUGCUGUGUUCCUAUGCGGAACCUUUUUGUAUCUUGCUGUCUGCCUGCAUAGGUUGCUGGGUUAUACCGCGGGUUUGUUAGUACCGGUAUUCAACAUGUUUUUUAAAAACAAAGAAAUUUAAUAUGCUGGUUUUUAUUUGUUUUUGCUACCUCAGCUUUCCACAGCUUUUAAUUUUUUAAUUGGAUUUUUGGCUACGAUGGAAGAUUUAUUUUUACAAUGUAGUCCACACAAAUGCUGGGUUAUUCAACGACCACUGUAAAUUAUAUUCCUUUGGAAUCCUGCCUAGUAAGUUUGCAGGUGCCUCUACAAGGUUAGCCAUGGAAUGUAAUGCCUUGGAUCGUACAGAACACAUUCUUGGCGUUUCAGCCAUCAUUUUACAGUAACCACUGAAAAAAGCAUUAGAUCCCAGCCAUCAGUCAAGAAACAUCAUCUCAAUGUGAAACUUUGGAACAGUUAUGCAUUUACUUAAAUGUUACAUUCCAGCACCAUAAAUCUGCUGUGAACAAAGGUAAUACAUUAUUUAAGCAAUG